UGAACAUGGAUAUCCUCCAGCGAAGCUACCUGCCUUGUGAGAUAAAAUAGCAUAAAAAAACCAUUAAAGUCUCACCCACACAAAGUUGCCUCCUCCUUUCUCUACACUUCAUAACCCCAAAACGCAAAUCACCAAACGCUAAACGCUGAAACGCAUAACGCAAAACUCUCUGUUUUUUCGCUACCUAAUUCUCUGUGGACGCCCUCACCGUAAACCUUCACCAACCCAAAUUUAAUUCAUCUGUGUUUUUAUUCACAAAGUACAAAAAAACAGACAGAUAAUAAUAUCUCUCCUUCUCUUCUCUGUCUCUUCCUCUUCCUCCUUCUUCUCUCUGUGAUUUCAUUAUUUGCAUAAAACCUCGAGUUUCUUCUGUUCCGUUCAACAAAAUGAAGUACAUUCGAAGCAACAGCUUGAAACGCCUCUUCUCCUUCAAACGACGCAGUUUCGACUCCGACUCUGAAAACUCAGCUCCUCACGCCAAAUGCGUCGAGGGUUUUCAAGAAACAGAGCAGUUUCAAAGACCCAAGUGGAAAUGUUUCUCCUUUGAAGAAAUCUACGACGCAACCAACGGUUUCAGCUCAGAGAAUAUGGUAGGAAGAGGUGGAUUUGCAGAGGUGUAUAAAGGGAUUUUGAGUAAAAGUGGUGAAGAAAUCGCUGUGAAGAGGAUAACGAGAGGAGGGAGAGACGACGAGAGGAGAGAGAAAGAGUUUUUAAUGGAGAUUGGAACAAUAGGACAUGUCUCACAUCCUAAUGUCUUGUCUCUUCUUGGCUGUUGUAUUGACAAUGGUCUCUAUCUUGUUUUCAUCUUCUCUUCAAGAGGCUCUGUUGCUUCUCUCCUUCAUGACUUGAAUCAAGCACCAUUGGAGUGGGAGACAAGGUAUAAAAUUGCAAUUGGGACAGCAAAAGGGCUUCAUUAUUUACACAAAGGUUGUCAGAGAAGGAUCAUACACAGAGACAUUAAAUCCUCCAAUGUUCUCUUAACCCAAGAUUUUGAACCACAGAUAUCUGAUUUUGGGUUGGCAAAAUGGCUGCCUUCUCAAUGGUCUCACCAUUCCAUUGCUCCAAUUGAAGGCACAUUUGGGCACUUAGCACCAGAGUACUAUACACAUGGGAUUGUGGAUGAGAAGACUGAUGUAUUUGCUUUUGGAGUGUUCUUGCUUGAACUCAUUUCCGGUAAAAAACCUGUUGAUGCUUCUCACCAAAGCCUACACAGCUGGGCAAAAACGAUUAUAAAAGAUGGAGAGAUUGAGAAGUUGGUGGAUCCAAGGAUUGGUGUAAACUUUGAUAUCCAAGAGCUUCAUCGCAUAGCUUUCGCUGCGUCUCUCUGCAUCCGAUCAUCGUCUCCAUGUCGACCUUCCAUGAUCGAGGUAUUAGAAGUACUACAAGAAGAAGAUAUAGAGAAGGAGAAAUGGAAAAUGGAAGAGGAAGAAGAAGAGAAAGAAGAGUUUUGGGGAUAUGAAGAUCUUGAGGAUUGUGAAUGUGAUUCCUCAAUCUCACUUUCUCCUCCUGACUCUAUCUCUAACCGGAGUUCUUCGCAUCGUAGUCGCUAGAUCUAAAAAUUAGUUGUAAAAACUUGAAAAUCAUCAAUUUUGUUUUCUUGUAUAUAUUUGUUUAGAGUUGUCUAUUUCAUGAACACUUGUAGUAUUCAAUAUGAGGUGUUUUAUUUAUUUUUGGAUGUUGACGGUUUAUAAUAUUUUAACCAAACUCUAUCC